UACAAAGAAACUGUUUAGAGGACCCACAGGGGACGCCAAGUCAUCUCAAGUCGCCUGGAGAAGCAACAACGGUGCUCCAAUAUUCCCAAGAAGGCGAACCCGACUUCCACCUGGAUUACCUGACCCCUGGCGAACAGCUGCCAGCAGCUGGCUCUGUUCUUAACAGAUGGGUGCGGCCUUUUGGAAGUUCUGCUUUAGGUGCUGCUGCUGCUGCUGCGCUGGCGAGGAGGAAGAACAAGAGGAAAAGCAGCCUUUAGUAGCUCCAGAUCCACUGGAUUAUUUUACGAGGGAAGUCCAGAAGCGAAGAGAUGAGGAGACCAAUCUGUGGAGUGAGCCGGGAGACCCCAGCCACACGGAGAGGGAAGACGACCGGACGCUUCACUCCCUGCUGCAGGCCCGGAACAAGACCCGCAUGGGAUCCACGGGCUACCGUCGUCUAAGUGUUGACAUUGAGGCCAUGCGAGAUGUACGCCGAGAAGUCCGAGACAAAUGGAAGACGAUCCUGGAGAACUUGGGCUUUAUGGCUGAGGCGGACUCCCUGCUGACGGUGUCCUCUGGUGCCUCACUUGACCGCAUGCGUAACGCCCCGGCAGCACGUGCCAUGCUGCACACGCUGCACACUGAGACCUCCAUCUUCUGCACCAGAGAGCCACCGCCAGAGAGAUAUCUGUUCAUCCUGGAUCGUCUCCUAUACCUCGAUAUAGGUGAAGAUUUUUUGGCAAAGGCGAGGCGCUUCUACCCUCCAACUGAUGACUCUGAGGAGGAGACGCCCGGGGGCCUGGCCAUCAACCUGCCUCUGCUGCUGGCCAGGGUGCAGGCCAUGAACGGCCCUGGGGGAGAAGAUGUGAGCGAGAAGGAAGAUGACACCGUCAGUGACUGAUACUAGACCUCUGCUGCAGUACCAGCGGACGGACGGCAGGGGGCAGUAGUCGUCAACCCUCAGUGCCUUCUGGCUUCUGCGUCCUCAUGCACAGAGAUUCAUGCUGCAAUUUAAACUCAACAUUUGUCCCCUCUACCCUCAACUGCACAGCUUGAGUCUUCUCUGUUUUUCUCAGAUUUUGGAAAUGUGUUCACUGAGUGUGUUUUCUCUGUCCACCAGAGUUUCGAGCCUGUUCAUUGUUGAUUUCCUGAGAACCUUCAGGGUAGAGAUGUUCCUUUCAGCAGCGCGCCUUGAAUAUUUUAUCCUAUAAUCAGCCCUUCCUCCAUUCAGUCACAUGAUCGGUACCAUCACUGAAUAUCCCACCCCACUACUCUGAUGUCAAAGGUUUGUCAGAAACACUUCAUCUUUAUUCUUACUUUGCAAACAUCUGCAUUUGGCUGUAAAUUUGUUUUGGAGAAUUGCAAAAUGAAAAUGCCGCGUAGUUGGUGCUGUAUGUCGAACAUUUUAAAUGGGUUCUGUGUGGGACUGAGAUGACUUUCAGGCAAUGUAUGUGAGGGUGCUUUCCUCUUCCGGCAAUGUAUGGAAAAUACGAAACAUUUCCAAGCGAAUGUGGCAGUCUGAGUAUGUUGUUCAGAGUGAAAUAAAGGUUCUGCCAAAAGCAUAU